GGACGUAUGUUCUCAUUAUCUUUCCUUUUUUACGACCAUCUUUGUUAUUUCAAUUAAUAUCUUUGUGCAGGGACGCCCCUGCUUUGUAUAAGUAGUAAGUAUUUUAUUUUUACACGAAAUAAUUUAUGUGAUCAUAAGUGUGGAAUACUUACCGCACCAAACGUAUUCAAGCGUCUCAAGUACCAAGAGGUCGCCACAAUCGCUCGUAGCGUUGUUGACAAAGAAGGAGGGAAUUCGAAUUUCAACAAGUGAUCGUUGCAAAUAUCCCAAGUCAUGGAAGCAGCAAGGGAUUGGGUUGUCGGCAUGUUCAAAGAACAUGUCGAUGUAUUUACGUCAGACAUGACAGUGACCGUGGCGACGGCCAUUAAUAUCGUAUUGUUGCUAGUUCUUGUGCCGUUUGGAGCCAAAUUUAUGGUGAAAGGACUGACAUUUGUUAUGGUGUUGGAGGGGAUCUUCUUUCUCCUCUUUCCAGAAAUAGGCUUCAGAUUAUUUGCUGCGGAAAAUGUGGAUCCUGAUGUCCUCCACCUUCAAGAAAUCCGCUCCAUUGGGAUAAAUGACCUUGCGAUUGGCAUGACCUUCUUCCUGACUAUGAAGAGUUCAGAUAACACUGUUCAUAGCAGUUACCUUUUGUCCAUGACUCUGUGUAUGGGAUGUUCUUUACUGGUGCAAGGUGCUUCAUUGGCCAAGGGAAACUCCAAGUUCAAUUCUAAUAUGCAGAACUUAGGGUGUACAUGUCGUUUUGGUUUGGUUCGGACUGCUUGUAUUCCACUCCAUCAGACAAAAGGAAUGGGGAGGCUAUGUUGAAGUCUCUACCUCUCGUCGAAAUACUCAUCUUCGACUGGACUUUGUGAUCUGGUUUUUGUUUGGUAUAAUAGCAGUAGUCUUCCCACAAAAAUUAUAUGCAUGUCAAGUGGUUUCAUCAAUGACACUGGAUGCUACACAUGCUCACAAUGCCAGGUUAAUGGGGGUAGGAUUCAUCACAAUGGCUUUCAUGGCAGCGAGAGCGUCGAAUUUCUUGCGGGAAGAUGACAAGAAAGCGGUCCUACUCAGUCAUGCAUUUGCUUGUGUCCUAUUGCUGAUCACCAUGGGCCUAAACCAGAUCCUGACCACCACCUUCACAGUGUGGCAUGCAGCCUUUGGAAUGGUCACUGUAUUCCUCACAUUUGUCAAUGCCAUUCUGGGAUCAGACCCAAAACAACUGGCAAAAACUGCCAGACAGCAGCUGGCCAAGCUUGCACCAGUAAAACAGGAUUGAAGUGUAAACCCAUACUGAAAUUUGAAGCACACAACCAUGGCAGCAACGACAUGCAUCAUUAAUUUGGCAGCAAAUAUAUACUCGCAUCAUUGAUUUGAUGGCAGCAAGUAUUUACUCGCAUCAUGGAUUUGAUGGUGGCAAGUAUGUACUCGCAUCAUUGAUUUGAUGGCGGCAAGUAUUUACUCCCAUCAUUGAUUUGAUGGCAGCAAGUAUUUACUCGCAUCAUUAAUUUGAUGGCAGCAAGUAUUUACUCCCAUCAUUGACUUGAUGGCAGCAAGUAUUUACUCGCAUCAUUAAUUUGAUGGCAGCAAGUAUUUACUCGCAUCAUUAAUUUGAUGGCAGCAAGUAUUUACUCGCAUCAUUGAUUUGAUGGCAACAAGUAUUUACUCCCAUCAUUGAUUUGAUGGCAGCAAGUAUUUACUCCCAUCAUUAAUUUGAUGGCAGCAAGUAUUUACUCGCAUCAUUGAUUUGAUGGCAACAAGUAUUUACUCCCAUCAUUGAUUUGAUGGCAGCAAGUAUUUACUCCCAUCAUUGACUUGAUGGCAGCUAUCAAUACUCCUCUUGCUUCAUUAACUUGGCAGCAUCAGCUCAAUAUUGAAACUUUGGUCAUUAUGAAUGUAGACGUAUUUCCAUUGAAUUUGUAAAGAGUAUAGAAUUGUUAUUUCCUCAUAUCAAGUUGGAGUCUGAAACUUUUCUCAGGAAAACCACUUGACAUUAACACUUUUAAAUGCUGGUGCAGUGCAUAAUGCUUAUGCAUGAAUGUCAAAAUUACAUUUUGAGUGUGCAAUAUGCAGUAAAUGUCAAAAUUCCAGGUGUGCAAUAUGCACUGAUAUCAAAUAUCAAUAGGUACAUGUAUGUAUGUAUGUAUGUAUGUAUGUAUAUGUACUUACCACAGUCUGUGUAAUUUCUGGUAAACAUCAGUGAUGUUAUUCCGUAAAGCUCAUUUUGUUACCAAGAAGAGAACCAAAUGCACUAUACAAAUGGACACAAAUAAUGGUGGGAAUAAGAAAUGAAUAAAAAAUGUUUAAUACCAAAUUUUGACAGGCACAUAUUGUGUAUUAAAGUUACAAGUUACAUAGCCAAAACAUUAUUGUCAACACCAGAUGUACAGAGUAUUUGAAUCAAAGUCUUCAGUAUUUUUUAUAUAAGUAUUAAAGAAUUUUAAGAAAGUUCCUUGGCUCAGAUUUCGACAUUAUAUUAAGGAAUAUUGAUGAAACUGAGACCAAGACCUUGGUGUUGAUGUGGCCAUUAUAAAACAGGCCGUGCUCUUUGUAAAGUUUGUUGAACUAUGCAUUUACGCAUUGUUUUAAUUGACAUUAUUUACUUGAAUGUUCAUCGUCAUUUGAGGUUAAUUGUCUUCAUUUUAUUUCUGAUUUGGUUUUAUAUUACACAAAUGUUUAAAGUUUGUUUUAACACUUAUUGAUGUGUUUAUCGGGUCACUCUGUAGUAAUGUAUUACAAGUGUACAUGUAAAAUAUGUCACAGAAAUGUGGCAUAUAUCCUUAAGGAGAGUCGUUUUUGUGUCAC